UUUAAACCAAACCCUCAAAUUCUAAAGAAAAGUCGUAGAUCUUAUGACAUGACCUUUAACCCUUCAUCCGGGGAUCCAUGAGUGGAGCGCAGGCGCAGUUCGCCCGGUAGAAUUUUCUCACAUUUUGAUAUUCCAAUUCUGCACUUUGGUGUCGUCUGGGCGUUUUAGGGAGACUUCCAGCAAUAUGGCGGAACUAGGUCUGAAUGACCACCACCAGGGCAAUGUCGUCAAUUACAUGCGCUUUGCCCGCUACAAGCGCAGCCAGUGUCUGAAGUCCGUGGACUUGUGCUUUGAAGACCUUAAAGACAGCAGAUUGACAGAUGACACCUUCACGUUGGAUGAAGUGGUCCAAAUGAUGGACGGGUUAGAGACAGUAGUCCGCAGCGAGGUGGAGUCGGAGCUCAUCAACACUGCGCACACCAACGUGCUGUUGCUAUGGCAACUGUUCAGCCAGGCGGAGAAAUGGCACCUGAAGCUGCAGGCAGACAUAUCCGACCUGGAGAACAGAGAACUGUUGGAGCAGAUCAUGGAGCUGGAGGAAAGGGAAUUUGCUGGCAAGGCAGCGAACACAAAGCCAUCUUUUGACUCCAAAGCUUCCAAGCUGCAACCCCUGAAUGAGGGAGGAGGAGCAGCACUGCUACAUAUGGAAAUUGAACGUUUGAAAGAAGAGAAUGAGAAGUUGAGGGAACGGAUGAAGUCGGUGGAAGAAAGAGCCACUGGUGUGCUGAAGGAUAAAUCACGACUGGAAAAUGAGCUGAGUGAAACACAGGAUGCUCUUGGCCAGGCAAAGACAAGAAAAUCUGAUAACUCUGGAGACUUUUCUGACCUGGAAGCACAAAUGGCAAAGGUCAAGAUGGAGAUGUCACAGGGACUUGAUGCAAAGACAAUGGAAGCCAAGAGUUUAGAGGGAGAUUUGAUCAGCACAAAACACAAACUGUUAGAAGUACAGGAGCACCUGGAGCUGGCUGAGAAGGAGCUGGAUAAGAAGUUCCAGGAGACGGGUGCUUACAAGAACAUGAAGAAGAUGCUGACUCAAAAGAACGACCAGAUUAAGGACCUCAGAAGACGUCUUAGGCAGUACGAGUCUGAUGACUAACAAGGCUGUGCCUUGAGAAGAAGUUGUAACAAAUCAGCGGAGCACCGGAAAAAUGAGCAUCACUCACCUAUACAGCAUGGUGGAACUUAUUUUUGACAAUUAGGGUAGUCAUAGUAGAUUUUUAUUAUGAAUCUGUUGUACAUUUAUCAAGGAAAGUGGACAUAAGUAGAUAUUUACAAGCUCACAGAACGUUGUGGCAUUGUAGUGAAUGCAUAGUAGUCUGAUAUUAAAGGAAUAUUAGGCCACACCAAUUUAAUUUCUUGGUUCUCGGAUUCGCUCGCUCCUAUUUUUUGG